ACCUAGGAACAAAACAUAAGACAUGUUCUUUUAAGCUCUCAUUAAACAGGUAUUUUUAUUUGAAAACCCACUGCCAAAAAUUGAAUGUAUGCAACCAUUUUUCUAUGAGAGUAGAAAACCAUUUUUCUAUGCCCAGCAUCAGCAGCCACAUCCUCAGCAAGUUCCAGGACCCUAAGCAGCUGUCCCCUCUCUUUAUUUUCCCCAGCCCUGUUCUCUAAGCCACCAUUUUAAUUUCCCACAAUGCUUCUGACAGCAUUGCUCCAGAGCACUGGGGAAUCUUAAUGGCAACAAGAUCCAGCCACUGCAUUGCUUGGCACAGUGCUACUGCUGAGGCCACUAAGCAAGCCCUACAGGUCCCACCAAAGGGGAGGGAGCCCACCAGAGGGUACUUUGUCCAGCACCCCCUCAAAUCUGCACUAGGGGCAGCUUUUUUCAAAUUUCAUAUGAACAUGUUCACAGAAAUAAACUUCUGGACUUGCCAAUUCCCGCUUCAGUAAUGAAAUGGGAGCAUAGGAUAAGUCAAACAGAACCAUGUUCAUCACCCAGAAAGCCCUCAUGAGCACACCUCUUUUAAAAAGGUCUCUGAUAGGGCACACAAGGAAAAGGAUGGAACUAGUAAAUAACUAGUCAUAGGCGUGGGGGUGUUAAAAAGACAUUCUUAGUCUUACUCAGCAUUUAUAUAGCAAUUUUCCAGAGCAUACAAAGUGCUUCUCAGUAAUCAUGCUGCAUGCAUCCUGAGAGCCUACAUUUGAAAACCUAUUAGAGAGUGAAAAGAGAUUAAGUUUGAGACAUAUAGAAACCAAUACUCAUGAGUGGAGGGCCAAUGUAAGCAGCACGGGUGGAAGUGGGAUUAUACUUGUCUGUCGUGGUUAUUUAUUUAGAUAGGACACUGAGCUAAGAAGACAGAAAUAGCAAAGCACUUUGGACACAGAAAGUACUGUGGGAAAUCAUUAACCACCACAACAAAUAUGUAGACAGUGACUGGAAUCUGCUUGACAGAGUGCUUGACCCCACCAGUUAAAUAAGGUUAUAAAAGGGAGGCAAUCUCCCCUAUUUUACUUCUAAUCCACAUGUAAGCAAUUCCCAAGGAACUGGAGGAGCCACCUUGCCUUUGGGGCAAGCAGUGAGGACAGACACACGAUGUAGGACUAUACAAGAUGCCAAGAACUGACUGGCAAGAGAAGACCUGCAGGAAAGCUCACAAACUAUGAGGCGAGCAACAGCCUUUGCACAAAGAAAAAGCUGCUGAAACACACCAUACACCAUAGCCUCCAGUAGAAAAAAAUAUAAGGGAAGAACUUGUCAAUACCGAUGACCAAGCUACCAUAUGGUUAAUGUGGCCAAGCCUAUGUCACAUGAUCCGCUGCAAAGAAUGGAAACCAGCACUUUGAUCAUCAGAGCCCAUAAAACCUAAUUUCAAGUCUCCGCUCAGCCAAGAAGAUUGCUGGAAAUUGCUGGGCUGUUUAUUGCUGGUUGUUGUAAAGAUAAAAUUGGAGGCACUUUUACAACUGCUGUGGAUCCAGCCUGAAACCUCCAAGCGAAAAAAGAAAACCAAGAGACACAAUGGACCGUGCUCUUCUGUUACUGCUGUUUUCCACUCCUGUCUGGAGCCUCAUGAAUGGAAUAGAUGCAGAACAAGAUUUCAGCUGGCAGUUAAGAAAAGUACCACAGAUAGUGAAAGAAAAAACUUUCCUCCUUGACGCUCCUAAAUUUGAAGCAAAUGCCAAAUUGGAGCUGAGUGGAGUGUGUGGGAUUGAAUGCCAAAGGACUCUCCCGGUGCCACGCCUGUCAGACUUGAAGGAGCUCCUCUCCUAUGAGACUGUCUUCGAGAACGGCACACGGACCCUGACUGAGGUGAAUGUCUUGGGAGCAGAUCUUGACCCAGUGGCAAACACUACCACCAAGGUGCGCUCCAGGAGAAAGAGGCAGGUCUACGGCACUGACAGCAGGUUCAGCAUUUCAGACACGCGCUUCCUGACCAACUUCCCUUUCAACACCGCUGUAAAGAUCUCCACGGGCUGCAGCGGCAUCCUGAUAUCACCAAAGCACGUCCUCACUGCUGCUCACUGUGUGCACGAUGGCACAGAUUACAUCAAAGGCAGCAAGAAGCUGAGGGUGGGGUUGCUGAGGCUGAAAUCCAAAGGGGACGGCAAGAGACGCAGGGGAGCCAGGAGGAGCAAGAGGGAAGUGUCAGAGGUCGGGGACCACCACACUGAUGCCAAACAGCUGGAACAAGGUCCCAGCAAGAGAUCUGGCAGGAAACAAAAGGCAUCUGGGUUGAAUGAGAGGAAAUCUGAGCGUAAGCCUUCCUUCCAGUGGACCAGAGUUAAAAGCACACAGAUCCCCAAAGGCUGGCUGAGAGGCAUAACUGGAGAUGUUGCAGUGGAUUACGACUACGCAGUCCUGGAGCUCAAGCGUCCUCACAAGAAGAAAUACAUGGAGCUGGGCAUUAGCCCAGCUAGCAAAACAAUGCCUGGAAGCAUGAUCCACUUUUCCGGAUAUGAUGCUGACCGAUCUGGCCAACUGGUCUAUCGGUUUUGCAGCGUAUCUGAGGAAUCCAGCGAUCUCUUCUACCAGUAUUGUGAUGCCGAGUCUGGCUCUACUGGAUCAGGGAUCUACCUUCGCCUUAAAGAGCCCAACAAGAAGAAGUGGAAGCGCAAAAUUAUUGCCAUUUAUUCUGGUCACCAGUGGGUGGAUGUCAAUGGGGAAGAGCAGGAUUACAAUGUGGCCGUUCGAAUUACUCCUGCCAAAUAUGCCCAGAUUUGCCUCUGGAUACAUGGGAACAAUGACAAUUGUGCACAGGGCUAAUGGCAGCCGAUGCAAGAUCAGCUCUAGUAUCUGACAGUGCUAUGAAGUGAAGAACCUGCAAAAAUAAAUGCUGAACGUACAAUGACCUGCAUCUGACUUUAUUUGAACUUGAAACCAGCAUUUUUCUGAUAUGCUGAAAACAUUUACACAGCAUUUAGCAGAAUUUCUUUUUGACUGAGUUGUUUAAAUUGACCGUAGAUAUGAUGUGCACUUAAAGCCCCAUAUUGUAUUACUGUAUUUAUUGUUUUUAAAUUGUGGUAAAUUUGAGUCAUUCAUAUUAUGGAACAGAAACUAAUGGCUCUUUCCGUUUGCUUGCAUUUUUAAGGAGAAGCGCCUUCUCUUUUAACUGGUACUAUUAAACUAUGUGAUUGUUUUGUUUUCAACUUAUUUACUUGUCUCAGGGUUCUGCUCCAGUACGUUUUCUAUUCUUCCUGUUACACAGGUUGCAUGUCCAUUAUUGUACGGUAUCUGCGGGAGAAUCCAAUUGUGAAACACUGGGAUAAGACAAGAAACAAAGCUCUCCCAUAACCCUUAUUACUGUAGACAAUACCUCUUCACAAUGAAAUGCCUCUGCCAAGUUGGCCUAGUUUAGGUCAUAUGCAAAACCCACAAAUUCCUUUUCCUUGAAUUCUAAAAUAGCAAAGUGGAACUUAAUGAAUGUAGCAUGUCUUCUGUUUGUGGGGGGAAAGGAACCAUAUGAGUACAAUUUAAUGCCUGUAAAUUUAGUUUUAGAAGAUAUAUGCAAAAGUGAGAUUAUUAGAUGUGUAUAUGUUUUAACCUGUCACUAUUUUGAACAAAUCACUGGCUUAAAAAUAUAAUCAUCAGCAUCAAGUGAUGUUACUUUUGACAAGAGGCAACAAUGACAACUACUAAUUCAAGUUUUGAAAACAAUGGUUAAAAAGAGCUAAACAUACCAAAGAUGAAUAAGGUUGUCUUAAAAAAUGGGAUUAUAGGCCCAAGAGGCCAUAUGCACUUGAGAGUGAGGGCAACCCCUAUUCACCUCACUAGAGAGUAGGGCAGCUCUCUUUUCUUCAAUACAAAACUCUGGCCCAUUCAUUGAAGUGAAUGGCGAAGCCUUUACAACAAGGCCAAAACACAUAGUUGAGAUGACUAUUGAAUUGGGACUAUCCAACAGACUAUCUUUUCCUCAGAUGGGUUUGUGGGUUGGGUAGUUGUGUUAAUUCUCGGCAUCAAGAAUUACCAAAAGCAGAUAAUUGUUUGCUGAGUCAUGUUUCAACCUUUUGGAAAAUGUAGGUUAAAUUCUUAUGUAAAUACAUUAGGUGACUUAUUAUAUAGCAAUAAACCAACCGGGUUCAUGUUCAUUUCUGAACCUCGACUUUUACUAGAAAAGUACUGUAUUUAACAUGAGCUUAAGUAUUGCAAAUUUACACAUUUCAGUAGCUUUUAAAAAAUUAUAUCAGCUGAGCUUCCUGCUUCAAAUGUACUAGUGUAUGUGAAAGUUCUUUGUGACAAAACUGGUUGUCAGGAUGCUGUUUAAUAUGUAGCAUUAAGAUGCAUAUUCCAGGCCCAUAUAAGCUUGGUUUUUAUUAGCAUUACAGUAAUUCAGUUUUUAACUUGUAUUGAUCAAUUUUUUCCCCACCAGUGUGGAAGAACAAAGAUUUUUUUAAAAAAUAAAUGACAUUAAAAUAUAUAUUGAUGGCCAAA